UUUUUUCGUUUUAUUUUCCAUCCACUGAGUAGAGAAGAUUUCACUUGUUAGAGAAUCUAUUGGUAUGAGAAUCAGACUCCCAUUCUUCUUCCACUGGGUUUUAUGGUGGGUUUUGUUCUCAUUUCUCUUCACAUGAUUUUGGCUUCUUAUUAAUGGGUUUUUAGUAAACCAUUGUUUAAGAAUUGUGCUUUUGGUAAAUUUGAUUGACUGAUCUAGGAUUCAGUAUUUGGUUAUUAGUUGUGAUAAUUCUUAUAUAACAUCUCUCAUUGUUAAAUAGAAGCUGUAAAUAUGAUGGUCAUGGAGAAUCUCUUGACUUCAUUUUGUGGAGAUUCUGAUUGUAUAUAUAAUGGUGCAACAUGUGGUCUUUUUGAAUAUCUACUGCCUUCUUCUUGUGUACAUAAUGGCAUUGUCAUUUGUUUAGAUGCCCUGCUAUUGUUUGUGUUAUUGUCAACUGUUAUUUCGAAGCCUUCAUCUGCUGAGAGGACAGUUCAUAAUGCAUUGUGUGGGUGUACUUCUUUGAAGAUUGUUGCUGCUGUGUAUAAUGGUUGUGUUGGAUUGGUAUACUUGGGUUUAGGGAUUUGGAUUCUUCAAGUUAGUAAAACGACAGGUGUUUUGCCUUUGCAUCAAUGGUUGGUAGCAUUGUUUCAGGGAUUCACAUGGUUGAUUCUUAGUUUAAAUGUUAGCCUUAGGGGAAAGAAAUUUGGGAAAGGGGUGUCGAGGCUUUGUUCUGUAGUUACAUGCUUGAUUGCGGGACUUCUUUGUUUCUCGGCAUUGUUGGUUCUUAUGGUGGACAGAAUGGUUUCGGUUAACAUUGUUCUAGACAUACUUUUACUGCCUGGAGCAGUCCUUCUUUCAUUAUGCACUUCUAGGGGAAAUGAAUCAGAAUAUAUAACUGAAACUGGUGACAGAAGUCUUCUUUAUGCACCUUUGAAUGGUGGAUCUAAUAGACAUUUUGAAGCAGAUAUGGGAAGUGAAACUCCUUUUGCAAAGGCAGGAUUUCUUAGUAAAAUGACAUUUUGGUGGUUGAAUUCGUUGAUGAAGAGUGGUAAGGAGAAAACCCUUACGGAUGCAGAUAUACCACAGUUGCGGAAGGUAGACCGAGCAGAGACUUGUUACUUGUUGUUUAUGGACCAACUAAAUUCACGGAAGCAAACUGAUGCAUCUGAACCACCAUCAAUUUUAUGGACGAUUGUUUGGUGUUACUGGAAAGAGAUUUUAGUAUCUGGGUUUUUCGCAUUGUUGAAGAUACUCACUCUCUCUGCUGGUCCUCUGCUUCUUAAUACCUUCAUUAAGGUUGCAGAAGGCAAAAAAGCUUUUAAAUAUGAGGGGUAUGUAUUGGUUGUGUCAUUAUUCUUCACUAAAUGCUUAGAAUCGUUGGCGCAAAGGCAGUGGUACUUUCGUAGUAGAUUAAUAGGGAUAAAAAUCAGAUCAAUUCUCUCAGCAGCUAUUUAUAAAAAGCAAUCGAGGCUUUCAAAUUCUGCUAGGAUGGUGCACUCGGCUGGCGAGAUAACAAAUUAUGUCACUGUAGACGCUUAUAGAAUUGGUGAGUUCCCUUAUUGGUUUCAUCAGACAUGGACAACAGUUCUCCAACUUUGCAUUGCAAUAGUCAUUCUUUUUCAUACAGUGGGGCUUGCUACACUUGCGGCAUUGGUUGUAAUAAUAUUAACUGUGAUCUGCAAUACUCCCGUGGCUAAACUACAACAUAAAUUCCAGAGUAACCUCAUGGUUGCACAGGAUAAAAGACUAAAAGCUAUAACAGAGGCCCUUGUGAACAUGAAGAUUUUGAAGUUGUAUGCUUGGGAAACACAUUUCAAGAGUGUUAUUGAAAUAUUGAGGGAAGAAGAACUCAAGUGGUUGUCGGCAGUGCAGUUGCGGAGAGCUUACAUUGGAAUUCUCUUUUGGUCAUCCCCUGUAUUGGUUUCGGCAGCUACUUUUGGGGCAUGUUACUUUCUUGGUGUUCCGCUUUAUGCUAGUAAUGCCUUCACUUUUCUGGUAACUUUACGUCUUGUUCAGGAACCUAUUCGAAUAAUCCCUGAGGUUAUUGGUGUAGUUAUUCAAGCAAAAGUGGCGUUGGCACGGAUCGUAAGGUUUCUGGCGGCAUCGGAGCUACAGGCUGGGAUUUCUAAGCAAAAGAAAAGCACAGACCAACUUAGGCCGGCCAUUUCUAUCAAAUUGGGAAAUUUUUCAUGGGAAGAGAAUCCGUUAAAGCCUACACUAAGCAGUAUAAACCUAGAGGUUAAACCCAGUGAGAAGGUUGCUAUCUGUGGUGAGGUUGGCACAGGAAAAUCAACCAUGUUAGCUGCAAUUCUUGGAGAAGUUUGGAACACUGAGGGAACGGUUCAAACCUAUGGUAAGAUUGCAUAUGUUUCACAGACGGCAUGGAUUCAAACUGGAAGUAUACAAGAUAAUAUUCUUUUCGGAUGCAACAUGGACACAAUAAGAUACCACGAAACAUUGGAGAAGUGUUCACUUUUAAAGGACCUGGAAUUGCUUCCUUUUGGUGAUAUGACUGAAAUUGGAGAAAGGGGAGUUAAUCUGAGUGGUGGUCAGAAGCAGCGCAUUCAACUUGCCCGUGCUCUCUAUCAAGAUGCUGAUAUAUACUUGUUGGAUGAUCCAUUUAGCGCAGUUGAUGCCCACACUGCUACAAACCUAUUUAAUGAGUAUGUAAUGGGAGCUCUAUCUGCAAAGACAGUCUUACUUGUGACACAUCAAGUCGAUUUUCUUCCGGAAUUUGAUUCUAUUUUGCUGAUGUCAGAUGGGAAAAUCUUACGUGCUGCUCCCUACCAUGUAUUGCUGGGUUCUUGUCAAGAGUUUUCUGAACUGGUAAAUGCACACAAAGAUACAGCUGGUUCUGAAAGUUUUUCAGAAGAAUCCUCAUCUCAGAAGUAUGGAACCUCUUCAAAAGAAAUCUCCAAAACUUAUAGUGAGAAACAGUUGAAAUCAGUUGGUCAUCAGUUGAUUAAGCUUGAAGAGAGGGAAUCUGGAGAUACGGGUCUAAAACCGUACCUGCAGUAUCUUAAUCAGAGCAAAGGCUUCAUCUACUUCUCUAUAGUAGUUCUGACUCACUGCAUGUUUGUGGGUGCACUAGUACUACAGAACUCUUGGAUGGCUGCGAAUGUUGAGAAUCCUCAAGUCACUAAGCUACAACUGAUUUUAGUCUACUUAAUUAUUGGAUGUAGCACGAUAGUUCUUGUAGUUGUUAGAAUGCUUGCUGCAGUUGCUUUGGGUAUCCAAUCAUCGAAGUCCUUAUUUUUCCAGCUAUUGAACUCUCUUUUUUACGCGCCGAUGUCUUUCUAUGACUCCACACCAUUGGGAAGGAUACUGAGUCGGGUCUCUUCUGACUUGAGUAUUCUAGACCUUGAUAUUCCAUUCAGCUUAACACUUUCUGCCGUGGUGGCCAUUGGUGUUUAUGCUAAUCUUGCUGUAUUAGCUGUUAUUACUUGGCCGGUUUUAUUUGUCUCCAUACCUAUGAUAUUCCUGGCAAUCUGCUUACAGAAAUACUACUUCGCUUCUGCAAAAGAGUUCAUGCGGAUCAAUGGAACAACUAAAUCUAUGAUAGCAAACCAUCUUGCUGAGUCCAUUGCAGGGGCAAUGACCAUCAGAGCAUUUGAAAAAGAAGACAGGUUCUUUGCUGAGAACCUUGGCCUCAUAGACAAAAACUCAAGUCCAUUUUUUCACACUUUCUCGGCAAACGAGUGGUUGAUCCAGCGUUUGGAAACAUUGAGUGCUUUUAUCCUUUCCACUUCUGCAUUUAUGAUGGUUUUGCUUCCUCCGGGAACAUUUAGUUCUGGAUUUGUUGGAAUGGCAUUGUCAUAUGGUCUUUCAUUGAACGUUUCUCUCGUUAACUCUAUCCAGUACCAGUGCACAUUAGCAAAUCAUAUAAUUUCUGUUGAAAGACUGAAUCAAUAUUUGCACAUUCCCAGUGAAGCCCCAAAAGUCAUUGAAGGAAAGCGACCCUUACCUAGUUGGCCCUCUGUUGGCAGAGUUGAGAUUGUUGAUUUAAAGGUCAGAUAUCGCCCCAGUACCCCCCUUGUUCUUCAAGGAAUCAGUUGCAUAUUUGAAGGAGGACAAAAGAUUGGGAUAGUUGGCAGGACCGGCAGUGGGAAGACAACUAUGAUAGGUGCUCUGUUCCGCUUGGUAGAGCCAGUAGGGGGAAAAGUCGUCAUAGAUAGCAUUGACAUCUCUACUAUUGGACUUCAUGAUCUGAGAUCACAGUUAGGAAUUAUACCCCAGGAUCCUAUUCUUUUCAAUGGUACUGUGAGAUACAAUUUGGAUCCUUUGUCACAACACUCUGACCUGGAAAUUUGGGAGGUUCUCGGAAAGUGCCAGCUUGAAGAAACAGUACGAGAGAAAGGAGAUGGACUGGAUUCAUUAGUUGCAGACGAUGGCUCCAAUUGGAGCAUGGGCCAACGCCAACUGUUCUGUUUAGGUCGUGCACUGUUGAGGAGAUGCAGAAUCUUAGUUCUGGAUGAAGCCACUGCGUCAAUUGAUAAUGCAACUGAUUCUAUUUUACAGAAAACCAUAAGGAAUGAGUUCGCAUCUUGCACUGUGAUCACAGUGGCUCAUAGAAUCCCAACUGUGAUGGACUGCACAAUGGUGCUUGCUCUCAGUGAUGGAAAAAUAAUGGAAUAUGAUGAGCCUUUGAAAUUGAUGAAUUUGGAAGGGUCGCUGUUUGCGAAGCUCGUUAAGGAAUAUUGGUCUCAUAGUCACUCUGCAGAUUCUUCCUGAAGUAACAUAUCCAUCAGAGUCCAGGUCAGGCGUCCGUUCAUAUGUAUAAGCGAUAAACUUUCAACUAAUAUAGAGUACUGUUAGUGCACCAUUUGUAAGAUUUUAGGAGAAAACUAAGAGUAGAGCUUAUCCGAGGAUUGAAUCUGUAAUAGGACGGACACAAAGGAUUGGUGAAGUAUCACCACUAGCGCUACAUUUUGUAUAUGGUUUAACAUCUUCGUAGGUGGCAGUGGGAAUGACAUUCUUGUAGGUGUCACGAUAUGUACUAGUUUGAUUUUGGGGAUUGAAUUUUUAGAUUUAGUGGACAAUACCAAAAUAGGGACACAAAGGGAAUUUAAGACUUUUCUGC